AUCGCUUCCAUCAAAAUUUGAUCUUUUUCUUCUGUUACGCGAAAGGUCUCGCCUUUACAUUUUCGCCAAUUGGGCAAAUUUACUAUUGAAGUUUUUAAAAAAUGAAGGCGAUUUUCAACCGUAGAGUCGUCGUCGACUCAUCUUCGCGUCUCACCAAGCUGCUCGCGAACCCAACUACUCAUUCUCACCCGAAUCGUCAAACUUUCACUUCGCUCUACAAACCAAACCAGAGCCGCCAUUUUCGAACACACUAUCUUCCUUCAACCCCGUCGGCUCCUCCCGUGAGCCGCUUUGACCCUUCUCAGCUAUGGCGAUCAGAGAAAAUUCGUGGGUUUUUCGCGAGCGCUUUAGGGAACAAAGCUGUGAAAUUGGGAAAUCUCGUGGAAUCAAGAGUUGGCUUCAUUGGUCCUCAGUUUCCCAAAAAGGGUUUCGAAUUCGACAGGUUUUCUGGGUUUCAAAGGCGUGGCUGGAAGCAUUGGCUUCAAGGAUUAUCAGAUCGUGACGUUGUUCUUGGAUUAGUUAUAGCUAAUACUGGUGUCUUUAUGAUGUGGCGUGUUUUCAAUCAACAAUUCAUGAUGAAUAAUUUCAUGAUAUCGUUGGAUAAUUUCACGAGUGGGCGUCUACACACUCUGAUAACUUCAGCAUUCAGUCAUAUUGAUAUUGGACAUAUCGUCUCAAACAUGAUUGGACUCUACUUUUUUGGAACCAAUAUCGCUAGAAACUUUGGUCCUCAGUUCCUUUUGAAGCUUUACCUUGCUGGAGCGCUUGGUGGCUCUGUUUUCUACUUGAUUCACCAUGCUUAUAUGGCUGCAACAUCGCCAAAGGGCCAAGGAGCUUUUGUGAGGGAUCCAUCGAGAACCCCGGGACUGGGCGCGAGUGGAGCCGUGAAUGCCAUCAUGCUGCUCGAUAUUUUCUUGCACCCAACAGCUACUCUAUACUUAGAAUUCAUCAUCCCAGUUCCCGCAAUGUUGCUUGGUAUCUUCCUCAUAGGAAAAGACAUUUUAAGGAUAACAGAGGGGAACAGUAACAUAUCAGGUUCAGCUCAUUUGGGAGGAGCUGCAGUUGCAGCCAUCGCCUGGGCUCGGAUUAGGAAAGGCCGCUUCCGCUUUUGACUUGACCUUGCUUGGUUUUGGUCAUCUUUAGAGAAAUCUUUCUUUAAAUGAUUUAAGUAACUUUGAAUCUUUGAACCAUUAACAAGAUUUGGUCUCUGCUUGGAUAUUUCUGUUUUAAGUUAAAGAUAUUAACUAUUUAAGAAAUCUUGAAGACAAGAAAUUGAAUUAUAUUGU